UGUAUAAGGAAGCAACAUUUUUAAAUAUGCCAAAUAAACUUUUGGCUAAUUGACUAGACUCUCUAGGAGUUUAGCCCACAUUUUGUUAGCCAAAUGGGAAGUAGUUUAUUGGAUUGCGAAAUAACGUAACAAAUGCAAUUAACUAAAUACAUAUACAUUUAUUCUUGAGUGUUCAGUUCUCAGUCUACAAGUAACACUAAUAUGAGCUGGAACUGGAUUAUUCUUAUUUUUUUUCAUGGAACACUGGCUGCAAAAUCCAAAAAAUUGAUAACUCGAUCUAAUUUGUAUUUAAUAUAUGAGAAAUAUAUCCUAGCAAAAAUGGAUGCAGUUAUAGGAAAUCAAUUCGGGCACUAUGAAAAUAACACUGAGUAUUCAGAUUUCUACAGAGAGUUAAUUGUAGUUCGGCAAUCGGAAAAGCCAAUUUCAGAGAAGGAAUCCGAAAUUAACAAAUUUGAAAGAUAUAACAAACGACGAUUGGAUCUGGAGGAACAGAUGGAAAGCCGUGUGAGCUAUAUAAAUAAUGAAAUGCUAUCAGUUCCUCGUGGACAUCAUUGCAUGAAGUUUUACUUGCACCAAAAGGUGGCACUCGAAACAGCAUAUACAAAGAAAAACGAAUAUAAGCAAUAUGUUGUACAUAAAAAUAAAAACAGGUGCCCAUUUAAAUACAACUCCAGUGACAACAAUGAAGAAAUCUACAGUUAUAACAAAAAAAAAUUCAUCAUAGAACAAAUUGAUGCACAAAUGCGUUCUGAAAUCGGACACUAUAAAAACAACAGAGAAUAUUACGAAUACUUCAGCGAUUUAAUCAUAGAAAAGGAAACUGGGUUGUCAAUUUCACGGCAGGUAUACGCUAUUAAAAAGUUUCAAAAAUAUAACAGACAACGAUUAGAUCUGGAGGAACAAAUGGAAGAUCGUGUGAGUGAUAUCAAAUUUGAAAUCGAAUCACUUCCAAAAACGCAUAAAUGUAUGAGGUUUUAUUUGAAACAAGUGUUGAUACUCGAAAGAUCAUAUACGAAGAAAAAUGUUGCUAAAGAAGAGGUUUUAAAAGAAAAUAGCAUACCUUGCCCUUUUUUAUCGAAUUCAAACAACCAAGAUCAAAACAGUGAAAACAACCACAAUGCCACAGCAACAUUAAGGCGAUUCCGACUAUAGUGACUAUGUGAUCAUACUUCAUUAAUUUUGAAAUUUUUCAAUUUUUGCAAAUAUUUAUUAAGCUCUUCUAUUCACAUGUAACUAAACACAUUGGGUUUAUUUCAAUUAAUUGUAAUUAAUUAAUUAGUUAAAUUUAUAAAUAUUUAAAAAAAUUUUAUUUUUGGUAUGCAAUUUACUUUACUUAUUUUCGUGUAUAUAUUUUAUAUAUUGCAUAGCUCUCAUUAUUCAUUAGUCACAUACAUUCAUCAAAGUCACAUAACUAAUUCAAUAGGAAUAU